GCCCCCCAUUAGCGAAGGCCCCCCAUUAAUGAAGGCCCCCCCCAUUAGCGAAGGCCUCCCCAUUAGCGAAGGCUUCCCCAUUAGCGAAGGCCCCCCAUUAGCGAAGGCCCCAAUCCCUCCAGAAGCCCAAGUCCCUCCAGAAGCCCAAGUCCCUUCAGAAGCCCAAGUCCCUCCAGAAGCCCAAGUCCCUCCAGAAGCCUAA